CCUCAGCCUCCCAAGUGUUGGGAUUACAGGCGUGCGCCACCACGCCAGGCUUCUGGGUUGUCUUGACCCCAAGAAAUGGGAAGGAUGUCCGCAGGGUUGGCUAGCGACGGCAAGGUCACUUGCAUCCCCUCCACCCCCUUCCCAAGCGCCCAAGGCCUGGGGCGGGCAUCCUGGCUCCGACCAGAAAGGGGAGCCGGAGGCUGCCGUCCUAGAGCGCCCUACCUGCGCGACUUUGCUGCAGCCCCGUCCCUGUCCCCGCCUUCGGGGUUCAGGAUGCUCUUCUGGGACGCAGGGGGCCCGGCGUGGUCGCGGGCCCCCUCGGAACCCCGAGGCCUGCGCUGUGCGGGUGACUGCCCUGCGGAGAAGGACGACGGCAGCCGGGAGGACGAUGGCCGGCGCCAUCGCCGCCGCCGUGUGGCUCCUUUGCGCCCUCGGCCGCAGGGCCGCCGACGCCGGGUUGCCGCCCGCGCCCGCUGAACUGCCCACCGGAGCCUCCUGCCUGGCCCGCUUCACCAGCGGGGUCCCUGCCUUCGUGCUGGACACCGAGGCCUCGGUCAGCAACGGGGCCACCUUCCUGGGGUCCCCCGCGGCGCGGCGGGGCUGGGACUGCGUGCGCGCCUGCUGCGCCACCCAGAGCUGCAACCUGGCGCUGGUGGAGCUGCAGCCCGACGGCGGGGAGGACGCCAUCUCUGCCUGCUUCCUCAUGAAUUGCGUCUAUGAGCAGAACUUUGUGUGCAAGUUCGCGCGCAGGGACGGCUUCAUCAACUACCUCACGCAGGAGGUUUACCGCUCCUACCGCGAGCUGCAGAGGCAGGGCUUCGGAGGGUCCCGGAUCCCCAGGGCCUGGGUGGGCAUAGACUUGAAGGUACAACCCCAGGAACCCCUGGUGCUGAAGGAUGUGGGCAGCACAGAUUGGCAGCUCCUUCAGGGUGACGCCAGCGUCAGCAUAGAGAGGAAAGAGCUGGACCAGUUGGAGCUAUGGGGACUCAAGGAAGGCACCUACGUGUUCCAGCUGAAAGCCGCCGGCUCGGACGAGCCAGAGGGCACAGCAAACGUCACAGUCACGGUGUUGUCCGCCAAGCAGACAGAAGAUUACUGCCUCGCCUCCAGCAAAGUGGGCCGCUGCCGGGGCGCCUUCCCCCGCUGGUACUACAGCCCCAAAGAGCAGAUCUGCAAGAGGUUCAUUUAUGGGGGUUGCUUGGGUAACAAGAACAACUACCUUCGGGAGGAGGAGUGCAUGCUGGCCUGUCGGGAUGUGCAAGGGCCCUCGAUGGAAAGGCAGCAUCCAGUGUGUUCGGGCAGCUGCCAGCCCACCCAGUUCCGCUGCAGUGAUGGCUGCUGCAUUGACAGCUUCCUGGAGUGUGACGACACCCCAGACUGCCCUGAUGGCUCCGACGAGGCCACCUGUGAAAAAUAUAUCACUGGCUUUGACGAGCUCCAGAACAUCCAUUUGCCCAGUGACAAAGGGCACUGCGUGGACCUGCCAGACACAGGUCUCUGCCAGGACAGCAUCCCGCGCUGGUACUACAACCCGUUCAGUGAGCGCUGCAGUCGGUUUACCUACGGUGGUUGUGACGGCAACAAGAACAACUUUGAGGAAGAGCAGCAGUGUCUGGAGUCCUGUCGUGGCAUCUCCAAGAAGGAUGUGUUUGGGCUGCGGCGGGAGAGCUCCAUUCCCAACGUAGGCUCAGUGGAAGUGGCGAUUGCUGUACUCCUGGUCACCUGCAUUGUAGUGGUGCUGACCGUCCUGGGUUACUGCUGCUUCAAGAACCAGAGGAAGGGCUUCCGCAGGCACCGCCACCCCCCGCCCACGCCCGCCAGCUCCACCGUCUCCACCGCCGAGGACACAGAGCACCUGGUCUAUAAUCACACGACCCGGCCCCUCUGAGCCAAGGCACUUCCUGCUCAUGAAGCCUCGGGACGCUUCGGGACCAGACUCCUCCUGCCUGUUGCCCAGGCUUCUGUGCCUCUGAAGAGGGGCUUUGCCCUCUUGGAGAAGUCUCCGAGAGCUUGGGCCAGUUGUUCCUGAGAAAGCUCAAGGGUGUGGGAGCAGCAGGAAGCCCUUGAGCCAGUACUGUAUAGAUGGACCCGCGCGAAGCGGGGUUUCUGUUGUGUUCAGAGCUACCUACGCACCCCCUGGCUCUGGGAAGGAAGCUGGGGUGGUGUUGGAAACUGACCCUGUCCUCCAUCGCUGCCCUUCAGCUCUGCACAGUCCAGAGGAGGACUUCCCUGUGUAGUUUGUGCUGUAAAGAACUGCCGUUGGAGUGCUGGGGACAGAGCUCAGUGGUAGAGUGUGUGUGCUGAGCAUGCCUGAGGCCCUCGGUUCCAUCCCCAGCACUGGAGAGCGGGUGCUCUGUCUGUGUUUAGUGUUGUGGGGCUGAGAGGAGUGGAAGACGGCUGCCUUCCUCUUCCCUCAAGAUUGAGCUAUCUGCCUGUACCCAGCCAGAGCCUACUCUAGACGAGCAGUCAGAGCUAGAAGAGGCUCCCCGCAUCCUCCACCCGCGGGCCCCAGGGCUCCCCAGCGUCUCACCCAGCCCUUUCUCCGCUUCCCACAGGUCCAGUGCACUCUGUGGAAAAGGAGGUGUACGAGGCAGGGGGUACAACUUGGCAGCAAAGUGCUUACCUAGCACACACGGGGCCCUGGGCGUUCAGUCCCCAGCUCUGCAAAAAUAAAUGAGAUGAGAUGGUUU